AUGGAACUGAACAAUCCAACAAGGAGAGAGGUGAAUUUUCAUCCCAAACCACAGCCUGGGGAUGAUAUGGAACUGAACAAUCCAACAAGGAGCGUUACGAUGAUUGUUUGGGGAUAUGACAAAUCUCUUUCUGAGGAUAAUAUCAAGAGCCUGUUGAGUGAACAUUUCUCUUCGUGUGGAGAGAUCACAAAAGUUCAUAUUCAUGCACACGCUCAAAGUAAGAUUCACAACAAAUAUGCUUUUGUUGAUAUCGCCGGGGUAGGUGCAAAAGAGAAGGCGUUGCAGCUUAAUGGAAGUGAUGUGGGAGGACACAAGGUACUUGUUAAGGCUUUGCCUUGGACUAGAUACGGUAAAUUUACUCCUCUUAGAGCUGUUAUGUGGUCCGAACUCAACGAGAGAUCACGCCAAGGCCCCCGUAUGGAUGUCGUUUUGGUUUCCGGGUAUGACACUUGGCUUCCUGAGGAGAGUGUCAGGAGCGCUCUGAGUGAACAUUUCUCUUCAUGUGGAGGGAUCGAUGGUGUUACUAUCGCCAAAGAAAAAGACGGUAGUCUUCACAAAACGGCUGCUAUUCACAUCUGGGGAGAAGGCAUAGCAGAGAAGGCGCGGGCUCUUAGUGGAAGUGACAUGGGAGGAUGGAAAGCAGUUGUUGAGCAUUGUUCUGAACCGAGAGACGGAGAGGUUAACGGUAGUCUUCACAUGGGUAGGAGAAGGCAGGCUAAGAUGACUAGGGAGUAG